UGCUGUCCGGCCUCAAGUUGGCGCUUGACAGGUAGGAGCCCGACCAGAGGAUAUAUACCGUUGACGCGUCGACGAGCACCGUUUCCGCUUCUUGCCCAUCUACUACUAUACAGUCUAUCUAGUCGCCUGCUCGGCAACCCACUCCUUUGUUCUAAGAUGUUCACUCUUAGGGCCGUCCUCCUCUGCUCCGUUGGAGCGAUCAGCGUCUCUACUGCACUGGCGGCGCCAGCUUGCACAACCAAAUUCGCUGGUGGCGCCAACAACGUUGUCGAGGGUCCACGUCUCAACGACGUUGAUAGGACUUAUAUCUGCACGGACGGUGUACUUCGACCCGUACCAAUGAUGGUUGACGGACAUUUCUGCCCUGGCGAAGACCUACCCAGCGAUCCCGCCAGCUUCCCGAUGGCUACGCAGGAUGUUGUGAGGAGUCGGUUCAGCCCCGAGCAGCGCAUGCAGAUCUGCCAGACCGCGAAGCAGAUGAACUGUGGAAAUAUGCAGGGUCUGGAUGCCACCAGUCGCAGAGUGUGCACUCUUCGCCAGAAUGGCCGGCAUGACCCGAUCAUCAAUCUUGACGGCGCAGCUGCAGACGCUAUGCUCAACAUGGCGCUGGCCUUCGCCACGGGGUCGGGCUCUGCGCCGGUGCCCGCGAGGACCAUGUCCUCCUCGAGUGCGAACUCUGAGACGGCCGAAACGACUAUACUCCCUGUCACGGCCUCGGACUCGAUGCCAGAGUCAUAUACCAUGACGGCCAGUCUCUGAUGCGGCGGACGGGCUUGGAUUGGUGUGCUGAAGGCCAAAGCUGCAACGUCUUAGUCUGCGAAGACGUGGUGGUGGAGGGUGGUGGUCACAAUUGAUAUCAUAGACACUCCAUUCCACUCUUUUGUUUGAUUAGGGAGAAACAGCGUUUCCUCUGUGGGCC